AUGAUGAAGUUUUUUUCUUUUUUAGUAUCAAUUUCUAUGGCCAUUCCUGACCCUUUGAUUUCUCAAGCUGAUCGGAAACUAUUCCUCCUGAAUAAUGCUCGACAGCUCAACGGAGGCGAUCAUACAAAGGUUAUGGUGAAGCGAGAUUCCGGAGAAACGGCGUAUCGAAGUAGUAAUGGAAGAAUGAAAAAGCAAGACCAGGAUGAACUCGAGCAAUUAGGAAAUGAUGGAAUUCAGUAUUUCAAGGCGAUCACGGACGAUCUUUUCACAUUGCGAUGCUUCUGGGAAAUUUUGACUGUUUCAGAAAUAUCGUCUCUUUGCGAUACUUUCUUUAUCGAUAUGGUGGAAGGAACAGAAGAAUAG